AAACAGAGCCGCUGUCAUUUGGAUAGAUAAAUAUAUUUCCAACAAAACUGUACAUCAUAGCAAAUCACGCGCUGACAUCAUUGCAUAGCAAGGAAUGGUACAUCGGUUUGUGUUUGAGGAACUGAGGCUGAUUACGCUGAAGGUUACUGAGAAAACGAAAUGUUCUAAUCCACCUGCCGCGCAGGUUCUUGCUAGCAGCCCAUUAGCCACGGUUUUUCCAAGGACGGGUGUGAGACUGCAUCUUCACAGACAUGGACUAUGAAUUAGAGGAAGAUAACUUAGGGAUACCAACAGUACCAGGGACUGUGUGUCUGAAAAAAGAUGCAAAUAACCUGAUUGGGAUAAGCAUUGGUGGUGGGGCACAAUACUGUCCCUGUCUCUAUAUUGUCCAGGUGUUUGACAACACACCGGCAGCUCUGGAAGGGAUGCUUGCAGCAGGCGAUGAAAUCACUGGCGUCAAUGGUAAACCGGUGAAGGGAAAAACAAAGGUGGAAGUGGCCAAGAUGAUUCAAGCUGUACAGGGUGAAGCAAUCAUCCAUUAUAACAAAUUGCAAGCAGACCCAAAACAGGGCAAGUCUCUGGACAUAGUGCUGAAGAAAGUCAAACAUCGGCUGGUGGAGAACAUGAGCUCCGGCACUGCAGACGCUCUCGGCCUCAGCAGAGCCAUUUUGUGCAACGAUGGACUUGUUAAAAGACUGGAAGAACUGGAGAAAACGGCAGAGCUUUACAAAGGUCUGAUGGAGCACACCAAGCGACUGCUCAGAGCCUUUUUUGAGCUUUCACAAACCCACAGAGCGUUUGGAGAUGUUUUUUCUGUCAUCGGAGUGCGAGAGCCCCAAGCCGCAGCCAGCGAAGCUUUUGUCAAGUUUGCCGAUGCUCACCGCAGCAUUGAGAAGUACGGCAUUCAAUUGCUGAAGACAAUCAAGCCUAUGCUUCAUGAUUUGAACACCUACCUGCACAAGGCCAUACCAGACACAAAGCUCACUAUACGCAAGUACCUGGACGUCAAGUUUGAAUAUUUGUCAUACUGCUUAAAGGUGAAGGAAAUGGAUGAUGAAGAAUACACCAGCAUUGCGAUGGGAGAACCUCUCUAUCGUGUGUGCACCGGGAACUACGAGUACCGUUUGGUGCUGCGGUGCCGGCAGGAGGCUCGUGCGCGCUUUGCUAAGAUGAGAAAAGACGUACUGGAGAAGAUAGAACUUUUGGACCAGAAACAUGUCCAGGACAUAGUUUUCCAGCUGCAACGCUUUGUGUCAGGCAUGUCCCGUUACUACGACGAGUGUUACGCCGUGCUCAAGGAGGCCGACGUGUUCCCCAUCGAGGUGGACCUCUCUCGCACGACCAUCAACUACACCAACCAGUCGUUGACUUACACUGAUGAGGAGGAGGUGGAGGAUUGUGCAGGAGGAGCGGAGGAAGGAGGAGCCCGUGAAGGCGUCCAAGUAGAAAACGGAAGCGAGAAAUUGAUCGAUGAUGAAUGAUGACCGUGAGGUGUUUUGGUGCACGUGAAAAAAAUCGGUCCCUCUGUCGGUCAUGGUAAUUACUCGCUACUAGCGCACUGAUUUUCAAAAGGGAUAUCAGCAGCAGACUACUAACAUAUUACCGCUCUAGUUCUUUAUAUUCUUUUUUUUUAACAUUGUUGUUGGGUUUUUUUUUUAAAUAUUUUGUUCUCCACUUAUCAGUUUCUUGCUGAACGAGUUUGACACGAAAGCCAACAGAAUUUGAAUGUUACCGCCGCUGCAGUGGAGAACUCAUCCAACUUUGAGCUGUGCCUUCUUAUUUAAUUGUGUGUCAAUAUGGCGGGUUUGGAUGGACUGUGUAGUCUGGUUCAGUGAGGUUUACUUGUGAUUGUUACGUUUUUAUUUACAAAGUGGGCCAACAGAGGCGGUGCCACAGCUGUUAUAACUCUCUUUUUUUCUGUUUUGCAAUGCACAUUUUCAGCUGCGCGACAAGAAUCCUUUGCAACGAAAGAUCGUGCGUUACCGUCCAAUUCUUGUCACGUUAACUUCUUCAUAAGAUCAGAAAAGUUUGAGGAUGCUCCGCGUGAUAAAAAUACAAACACUACUUGUAAAUAUGAAUGUUAAAGGGAAAAUAUUGCUCCGAUAUUGUAACUAUCCAUGUUGUAUUUAUUCUUUUUGCCUUCUUGCCAAAUAUGCUUAUUCAAUAAAAAAUAAUAUUUUAUCGCCCACGUUUGUGUUU